AUGUUCAUGUGCCUUUUUUGCUUUCUUUUUUGGAGAGGGUACACCGCGGUCAGACCCAAGCAGCCACGGCAGCAAUCGGCAACGACCAGAGAUGCGGUCGCGGGACUGCGCCGCGCUGAGAAGACCUGGGAUCGGGAGAUGGACGUCGUCUACGUGCGCCUUGCGGCGGUCUGCCACGGGGUAGCAGGGCCGGCCGCGACCUCGGCGGACUCGAGGCGCUCGUGGCAGGUCACCAUCCAGGUCAACCAGCAGCCCGAGGUUGCCACCACCAUCAGGGACCCCUUCUCCGUGGAGCAGUACACGGACGUCUUCGAGAACUAUCUGCGCAACUCGGACCGUCAGCAUUGGAGUCUGCAGAGCUUGGCGGAGGAGAACGGCGAGGACGAGAGAUCGCGCGCUGAGGAGUGCAUACGGACAUACGGGGAGACGCUGCUGGGCCAGCUGGGCCUGUUCAGACCUAGAGUGCUGCGAACAGGCAUCAGCGAGGCCCAGAUCUUCGUUGUCGAGCACCACGACCCCCAAGUGCCCGACGGCAGAGGCGGCAUCCACUGCCUCGCUUGGGAGCUCCUCGAGUCCGCCGCGACGCCGCUCAUGCCGAACCUGCGCCUGCGGGUGACGCGCGUGAGCCACUUUGCCGGCCAGCCGUCCCGGCCGCUGGGGCCGCCGCGGUCGCUGUCGAGCGUGCAGGCCAACCCGAGCGGCGUCUUCCACGUGCUGCUGGUGAUUGCGCGCGACUUCAGCCGGUCGGGGGCGGAGCGCGACCCGGAGCCGGACCUGGCGCAGUGGCCGCUGAUGAGCGUGCACCGCAAGCUGAGGAGCCGGCUGCUGCUGGAGGUGGUGCGGCCGGGCAGCAUUGAGGAGCUGGACGAGCAUCUCAAGGUGAGGGCGGGACACGGAGUGCAGUUCAACCUGGUGCACUUUGACCUCCACGGGAGGAUCAUGGAGGACCAAAACGGUCGUCAAGUCCCCUGGCUCUUGUUUGCCAAGAAGCACCGAGACUCGAACGCGCACGGUUAUCACAUUCCACAGACGCACCUGGCCAGGGCCACGGACGUCGCCAAGGUGCUGGCAAACUACCACAUCGAGAACGUCGUCCUCAACGCCUGUCUCUCGGCGUACAACCGCGCGGGACCGACGACGAACCUAGCCCACAUCUUCCUAGAGCGUGGCGUGCACAACGUGUCGGCCAUGUGGUUCUACGUGCACUGGCAGACGGUGGCGACCUACCUCGACGCCUUUUACAACGAGCUGCUCAUCAGGGGCACCGACUUCCACGCCGCGGCGCAGCGAGGCCGAGACGCGAUCCGGCAGAACCCCACGAGCAGGACGGGGAGGCCGCACCAAGACUUCUUUCUCUGCGUCAACUACACCAGGGACAUUCGCAGGCCGAGUCCGAUCCAGAGAGAGCCGAGCCCGACGCCAUCGGCGCACUCUGGGGAGUCGUCCACGUCCAACACUUCGAUCAAGAGCUUCAUGAGCGGAGGAUGGAGGCCGACGACGCCCCGGCUCAGCGACAGCUUCCUACUGGCGGACGAGCCCCUGAUGCGGCUGCAGCUGCACCUGCUGGAGCUCGAGUACAAGCUGAUGACGUUCCAGGUGGUGUACGCCAGCGACCUGCGGCGGGCCGGGUCGGACCUUGGCGCGACGAUUGACCGGAUGGUGAGCAUGUGGCUCAACACGAACCUGGUGGACGACGUCUACUACUACAAGGCCAAGGACUUUGCCAAGCGGCGGCUGCUGACGGGGGAGUUGGCGUUGUCGUACCGCGAGCGCCGGUCGCGGGCGUCGUCGGGCGGCUACUUGCAGCUGCUGUUCCCGCGGCCGGUGCGGGCGCUGCAGCAGACGCUGCACAUUGUGCGUGACGUGGACGCCGUCGUCGACCCCGGGUGGCAAGCCGACGACGCAGAGAACCAACGGAGCGAGGACCGGCGCGACCAGGUGGAAAAGGGCCUGAAUGAGUUCGCUGAGCGGCUACACCGCGAGAAAGACAGCUUCCUGCUCUUCAUCGGCAGCCAGGACGCGCAGUGGUGGCGGACGUAUCUGCAGCAUCUCGGGGGGGAGUGGUGGCUGCACAUGCCGUGGACGUUUACGGUGCACAGUCGGCAUGCGAGGGAUGUAAGGCUGAUGGCGGAGCGCAAGCCUUGA